CUCGGUUUUGGUGGCCAUCGCUUAUUAAGGAUGUCAAAGACUUUGUUUCUGCAUGCAAUCAAUGUUGCCAGGCCAAGUCUUCUCGUCGCCCUCCUGCAGGGUUGUUGCACCCAUUGCCCAUUCCCCCUCGCAAAUGGUCACACAUUGCUAUGGACUUUGUAACAGGUUUACCGGUGUCAAAUGGUCACUCUGUUCUACUGACCAUAAUUGACAGAUUUUCUAAGAUGCUUCAUCUGGUGCCCCUGUAGAAGCUCCCGUCUGCAAAGGAGAUGGGUGAGAUACUGACCAAAGACGUUUUCAGGCUCCAUGGAAUUCCUAUUGACAUUGUUUCUGGUAGAGGAGUUUGGAAGGAGUUCUGUUCUUUGUUGGGAAUUUCUAUCGGUCUCUCUUCAGGUUUUCAUCCUUAGUCUGAUGGCCAAACUGAGGGGGAAACCAAGAAGUGGAAACAAAACUUCGCAUCUUAUGUGAGUCAGACCCGACCAAGUGGUCACAAAAUUUGCCCUGGGUUGAAUACGCCAUGAACUCUAUGCAAUCAAGUGCCACUGGUUUUUCCCAGUGGCACUUGAUCUUUCCAUGUUGUGUUUGGUUUCCAGCCAUCCAUGUUUUCGGUUCAGUAGAGAGAAGCUAAUGUCCCGUCCGCCCAAGCGGCUGCCCUAAGGUGCCAAAGAAUAUGGAGAAAGGCCAGGAGGUCGAUUAUCAGAAUGUCACUGGUUCAGUCAAGAACGGCCAACUGGAGACGGACCCCUGCCCCUAAGUACCAGGUGGGGCAGAAAGUUUGGCUCUCCUCCAAGGACCUACCGUUAAGGGUAGAGUCCCGGAAAUUGGCACCCCGAUUUGUUGGACCUUUCCCAAUUUCCAAGAUCAUCAACCCUGUCACUGUACGGCUGAGAUUACCCAAUUCCAUGAGGUUUCACCCCACGUUCCACGUUUCUCCGACUCGGGGCCCCACGAAGUUCAGAUCAUUGACCCUGUUUCUGUCCCCGGAUAAUUGAGCCAGCCUAGCCCUUGGAUUAUUCAGCCUAAAGUCACCUGUCUUUCUUACCUGCGCUGUGGAGAUCACUGCCUGCCACCCACCGAGGUUUCCCCUCUGGGUUUCAAGGUCUACCCAAGACAAAAGCAGGUGGUGGUUAGGGAAGUUUUCCUUGCUGGUUUUGACAUGAAUGAGGACUCUACUCCAUCUCCUCAUCAACACUUAAAUGACACUGUGGGUGCCAACCUCACUAAUGAACCCGAGUUCACCGUGGAGCUGAUGGGUAGGCACUUAGGGAAGGAUUCCUUUACUAUCAGCGUCGCUGCUGCUGUUGCAUUCCUGGCAGGAGUCUAUCAGAUUUCGAUGGCAGUGUUUCGGCUCGGAUUCAUCUCCGUCUACCUCUCGGCCCCCAUGCUAGACGGGUUUGCCACCGGAGCUUCUUUCACCAUCCUGACUGUGCAGGCUAAAUUCCUGUUGGGUCUAAAGAUACCUCGUCAUCAGGGCUAUGGGACAGUUGUCGUUACUUGGAUUAACAUCUUUGCCAACAUUCACAAGACCAACCUGUGUGACCUCAUCACAAGUGCCACAUGCAUCAUAAUUUUAGUGGUUGGGAAAGAGAUCCAGGAGCGCUACAAGGAUCGCUUAAAGAUCCCCUUACCUACAGAGCUGGUAGUCGUGGCGGGAGCUACACUUGCCAGCCACUUUGGGGAAUUCAAUACCCGAUACCAUUCCAGUGUCUCCGGUCACAUUCCCACAGGAUUUAUCCCACCUCAGGUCCCCGCGUUCAGUAUGAUGUCACGGGUGGCACUGGAUGCCAUUCCUAUGGCUGUCAUUAGUUUUGCCUUCACCGUGUCGCUAUCUGAGAUGUUCGCAAAGAAACACGGAUAUAUCGUUCGUCCCAACCAGGAGAUGGUGGCCAUUGGACUCUGUAACAUUGUCCCCUCCUUCUUUCACUGUUUCACCACGAGUGCUGCGCUGGCAAAAACAAUGGUGAAGGAUUCAACCGGAUGCCAGACUCAGGUAUCAAGUCUGAUCAGCGCCCUGGUAGUCCUUCUUGUCCUCCUCUUCUUCGCUCCAUACUUCCAAGCACUUCAGAAAUGUGUCCUUGCUUGCAUCAUCAUUGUAAGCCUUCGAGGAGCACUGAGGAAGUUCAGGGAAGUCCCGGCCAAGUGGCGAGCCAGCCGGACGGAUGCCAUUGUUUGGUUGGUAGCCAUGUCAACCACUGCUCUGAUCAGCGUGGAGCUGGGCUUGCUUGUUGGCAUGGUUUUUUCAAUGAGCUGCAUCAUCUAUGAAACCCAGAAUCCAAAGGUCUCUCUCCUUGGCCGGGUCAACGACACCAAUCUGUAUGAGGACAUAGAGGAGUACAAGAAUCUCACAGCUCCAGGUAGGGUUAAGAUCUUCCGUUUCCAGGCUCCUUUCUACUAUGCCAAUAAGAAUGCUUUCCUCAGAUCCCUCUACAAAGCUGUCGGAGUAGAACCUUUCUUGGAGUUGACUAAAAGAAAAAAGGCAGAGAAGAAGGACAAAAUGCAAGCCAAGACAAAUGGAGAGAAAACCAACUUUGAUGUCUUUGUAGGGGUUGGCAAAAAAGAACUAGAGUUCCACACAAUAGUUUUAGACUGCUCAGCCAUCGCUUUCAUUGACUCAACAGGCAUGGCCACUUUCACAGCGCUGGUUAAGGAAUAUAAAGAGAUCAGUGUAAGUGUGCUCCUUGCAUGCUGCAACACCUCAGUCAUCGAUGCUCUCCAGAAGGGAGAGUUCUUUGGGAGGAAUAACAAAGACACAAGUAGUCUGUUGUUUUAUACAGUUCAUGCUGCUGUUCUUCACGCAAACAGAGCAGCAGAAGAAAGUAAAGUGAAGGACUCUGUAAUGUAGAUUGACUGGAGGAAAAAUUGUUUUCUCUUGUCUGUGUGCCUAAAAGGGUGUAUUAAGAAGCUCUGAAAGUAUACCCUGGAAACCCUGUCCAUAAAACAAAGAGGUACCAAGAGAAGAAAUAGCAAAGUGAAGAAUAUAUAGAAAUAUUUUUUUUAAUUUUAUACCCUUGAGUAAUGAUCAACAAUGCUUUUUUUGGAGCAUUUUGAAGGUCCAAAGAGCUACUUUGUAAAGCCAGUAAAUAAAUAACCCAAUGACCAAUUGUAUUUGAAAAAUUCCUUUUAAUGUUAAAUUUAUAUUUUUCUGUAUGACAAAAAGUUGAAAGUACAAAUGGGGCAACAGUGGCUCAGGUAGUAGAGGUUCGUCCAGUAAUCGGUGAGUAGCCGGUUGGAACCCCUGCUCUGUCCGUCUUACUUGUUGUGUCCUUUGGCAAGAUACUUCACCCAUUUUGACUGCUGUUGGUGAUCCGAUUGUAUGGCAGCCUCACUUCUGUAAGUCUCGCCCAGUCCAGCUGUAGCUAUAAUGUAGCCUACCACAGUCAGUCUGUGAAUGGGUGGAUGACUGAUUGUAGUGUAAAGUGCUUUUGGAUCAAAUCUAUCAAUGUGGCUUGGUUCACCAGGUUUUGACAUUUGCUCUCCUUUAGUUUGCAGAUUUUAAUCUAUUGGCUUCACUAAGGACUGAGCCAGUGGUGGUCUAUUAUGUAGCUUUCUCUCACAGAGUUUCUCUUCCCUUUCUGCACAAGGGAAAGGAGCUAAAAGCCUAACCAAACACAUUCAUUGCUACCCCAGAGAGUGCCUAUGUAUUAUUUUUAGUUGCUUGGUGUACAUGUGUACAAGAUUUCCAGGAGGCCUAACUAGAACUGAUUUAGAAUUGCGUCAGGAAUAUUAUCAGAGCAUUAAAAGAGGCAUUAAAACAGAUAAAGCACUCCGACAAGUGUUUUUUGAAGUGUAGCUUUUUUAAUUUAACUUCACCAUUCAUAUGAAUGUGAUCAAGUAGACAUGUGUGACUUUUGUUAUUGAUUGAUGAGUUUUCCAUAAACACUUAUGUAAAUAUAAAAAGUUAUUUAGACCCAAAUCCACAUAGACUUUACUCCUCACGGUCAGAGUCCAGACUUGUAGAUUUAGCCACCACUUCCUGACGUGUCAACUGUCACUUUGGACUAUAAAUCAUUUGUAAAAGGCUGGUUAAACUCUUCCUGACUAACGGAAAAGGUCAGGAGGAUAAGUUUUACGUGACAAACAAGGAUUCUGCUGAUUUUAAGAGAACCUUGCCUUCAGAAAAUGAGUCUGUGGAGCACACUUGCAACCUUGUUCUGAACAGGCAGCAGCAGCUGUAAAAACAUGGUUUGAGCAUUUUUUUGGUGCUUUUAAAAUGUUUUGAGUUUUUACACAGCAGGUGAUAUCUCACAUGCAUUUUGUAAGAUAUUUUCAAACAUUGUUUUUCUUAAUCAAAAAUGUUGUGACUAGCAUAAUAAGUUCAAACUGCUGUACUUUGGUUAAACUACUGUUUUUUCAUUGUCUUUUAUCCUGUUGAGGCCAAGACUGAUUACUGAUUAUCUAACAGUAAAAUGUGAAAAAGCUUUUAUAUAAUGUAAUGAAAACAUGAUCAUAAAUAUAGACAGCGUUAUCAUUUAUAUAAAUUAAUAAGUAACCUAACUCUUCCAUGCUUUCAUUUAAUUUAAAUAAUGACUGAUUCUAUUUUGACAAGUCUCAUGGGUUGUAAGUGUGACUUUUUUUGUAUAGCUAUUCAGCUUUCAGAAACAUUUUAUAUUUAGUAUUUCAAUUAAAAUGACUCUUAAGUGAAGCAUGUGUGUGCCUUUGCUUCAUUAUUAAAAGAGUAUUUGAUGUGAAGAAAAGAGUCACUAUGUUGCAGUUUGAAUCAAAUAUAUCGACCAGCAGUGUUUCAAGUUGCCAAUAUGGCACGUUUGCAAGUUUAGAACAUAAGUGAAAACAUGUUUACAAGUACAGUCUGUUUGAUGAUCUUCAUUUUUUUUUUUUUUUUUGGUUUACUCACAGCCCACUUGAUAUUUUCUCUUUUUCAAGCAAUUCUUUGUGAACCUGAGAGAUGGUUGAGUGUGAAAAUCCCAGUUCCUAAAAUACUCACACCAGCCCAUUUGGCACCAACAGCCAUAUCCACUGUAUUCCCCAUUCUGGUGCUCAAUUUAACAUCAACAAGUCACAUGUAAAUGCCUAAAUGCAAUGAGCUGCUGCCUUUUGACUGGCUGAAUCACAUUAUUUGUGUUAACAAGCAACUGAACAAAUAAAAAGUAACUGUGGUCUGACUUAAGACUUUUGCA